GAUCCAUUUUCGUCUCUUCAAUAAUAUCACAAAAACCUAUAACUUUUUUUCUUUAAAAAAUAUGGCAGAAACAAUUGUCUCUGUUAUUGCUGGGGAACUCUUGAGUAAGGUGAUGUCUCUUACUUCCAAUGAAGUCUCCUUAGGAUGGGGUGUCAAGAAUGAUGUGCAAGAGCUUGUUGGCACCUUAACCACCAUCAAAGCUGUUCUCUUAGAUGCUGAGGAGAAACAAACCCAAAAUGAGAAGCUGAGAGUUUGGCUGGAAAAGCUUAAGGAGGUUUGCUAUGAUGUUGAAGAUGUUUUGGAUGAAAUUGAGGUGAAAGAUUUGUGUAAGCAAGUGAUGAAUGGUCAAAGCAUUUCAAGAAAGGUACGCCACUUUUUUUCAUCUUCAAAUCCAAUCGUUUUCCGUUUUAGGUUGGCCCAUAAAAUUAAGGAGAUUAACAAAAGGUUGGCAAAAAUAGCUGCUGAAAAGGAUAAUUUUAAUCUCACUGAGAAAGUUUAUAGUAAUAAUAUUUUAGGUUGGGAGAGAGAAACCCACUCUUUUGUGCGUGUUUCAGAUGUUAUUGGUAGAGAUAAAGACAAAGAGGAGGUUAUGAAAAUUUUAUUGUGUCCAAGUGAUGGUCAUGAAAAUGUUUCUGUUAUUUCUAUUGUUGGAAUUGGAGGUUUAGGAAAAACCACACUCACUAAAUUGGUGUAUAAUGAUGAAAAAGUAAGUGAUUAUUUUAAGUUGAAAAUGUGGAUUUGUGUGUCGGAUGAAUUUUCUCUAAAAAGGCUUUUGAUUGAGAUUAUCAAUUCUGCGAUUGGACAAAAAUAUAAUCACAUGAGUAUGGACCAAUUGCAAACAAUCCUACGUGAUAUUAUAAAAGAUAAAAAAUAUUUGUUAGUCUUGGAUGAUGUUUGGAAUGAAAACUAUGGGUUGUGGUGUGAUUUGAGAAAUUUACUAAUGGAUUGUGUUAGUGGAAGUAAGAUCAUAGUAACUACACGUAGUGAUCGUGUUGCCUCAAUUAUGGGAUCUAUAUCUACAUAUAAGUUAAAAGGUCUUUCUCUUAAUCAAUGUUUGUCAGUGUUUGUUAAAUAUGCAUUUAAAGAAAGUCUAGAAAAACAACAUCCCAACCUUAUAGAGAUUGGAAAAGAAAUUGUAAAAAAAUGUAAAGGUGUUCCAUUGGCAGUAAGAGCCUUAGGAAGUCUUCUUUAUUCCUCAACUUUUGAACAAGAUUGGAUAAAUGUGAGGGAUACUGAGAUAUGGAAGUUAGAUCAAAAGGAUAAUAGCAUUUUACAUGCUCUAAGAAUAAGUUAUAAUCAUUUGUCACCUCCUUUGAAACAAUGUUUUGUCUUUUGUUCAAUAUUUCCAAAAGACUUCAAAUUUUAUAACUUUAGCUUAAUUAAGUUUUGGAUGGCCAAUGGGCUUCUCAAAGCUCACAAUGAAAAUGAAGAUUUGGAAAAUAUUGGCAUGCAAUAUAUAAGAGAAUUAAUGUGGAGAUCUUUCUUUCAAGAUAUUCAAGAUUUUGAAAAUGGUUUCUAUUCAUUUAAAAUACAUGAUCUAAUGCAUGAUAUUGCAACAUCAUUGUUCCAAAAUGAGGGCUUAAUAGUGAAAGGGAGUAACCAAAUUGCUGUCACAACUUCUUAUCGACAUUUAUUAUUUCAUCAUUUGGAUGCAAGUCAAGUAGAAGCUCCAAGCUUUUUACCUAACUUGGGUAAUUUAAGAAGCAUUAUAUUUUUUCAACAUGUUGGAGAAAAUAUCAUUAUUAGCCAAUCAUUUUUAGAAUUAAUUGUCUCAAGAUUUAAGUUUUUGCGGGCAUUAUAUUUAUCUAACUUAGGUAUUGAAGCAGUUCCUAAAAGAAUUGGUAAUCUGAAGCAUUUGAGAUAUUUGGAAUUAUCAUUUAACCCGAAAAUUAAAAGACUCCCAAAUUCUAUUUACAAGCUACAAAGUCUGCAAUUGUUAUCACUAGAUGGUUGCGAGAAACUAGAAGAGUUACCCACAGAUGUUAAGCACUUAAUUAGUCUCAGAUUCUUAUCCUUAGCCACAGUGCAAAAGCAUCUACCAAAUAAUGGAAUUGGCUGCUUGAAAUCUCUUCGAUUUUUAGUUAUUGGCAAUUGCAGCAAAUUAGAAUAUUUGUGUGAAGAUAUUGGUCGCCUGAGAGUCAUUCGAAGACUAGGCAUUUCUCAAUGUCCAAGUCUUAUCUCAUUACCACGUGGUGUAAGAAGCCUAAGCUCAUUAGAAGAUCUUCGUUUGAUAGAUUGUGUAAGGCUUAAUCUUGAUUUGAGCAUAGGAUCAGAUGAGCAACACAAUCACGAAGAACUCAAUAGCACAGGGCCUCCCCUUCGAUUGCUUGAAAUUGGUAAUUUACCACAAUUGGUGAAAUUGCCGCAAUGGCUUCUUCGCUGUUCGACAAACACGCUGCAAACCUUGCGUAUUGGUAAUUGUUCCAACUUGAAGGCACUACCAGAGUCAAUGCAAAAACUUCAAGCUCUUCAGGUUUGGAAUUGUCCUGAAUUGUCAUCUCUACCCAAGGAUAUCAAUCAUCUCAUCGCUUUGAGAGAACUAAUAAUUAAAGACUGUCCUAAACUGACGGAAAGAUGCAAACCAGAAGGAGGUGAAGAUUGGCCCAAGAUUGCUCAUAUCCCGAAGAUUGAACUUGAUGGAGAUGUUAUCAAGUCAACCGAAAAUUAGGGGAAACUUGAAUCAAAUGUGACUCAGGGAGAUUAAGCCAAAUGGUGCAGUUAGUAAAGCAAAUCUCCCUCUAGUUUGAUUCAGAAUUUCAGUGUUUACAAUUAUAAUUUAGCGUUGACUAGUAAAUAUUCAUGAAUUUUCAGUGUGAUUUGUUCCAUAAUGUGAUUUGUUCAAAUAAAUGUCCAUGAAUGUAUAGAGUUUUUUAAUGUAAGUUUUAAUAGUUUUGUGGAAAUGAACAAUAAGUACACUCUAAGUUUAUUCCAAUAAAUUUUCAGAUUUUAUUUCUUAUUAAAAA